ACGCUCAUUUCUCUUUCACUGGGUUCCCGGAACCAGGAAUGUUUUUAUCCACUGCUAAAAGAAAGCAGCAAUCAAGUCGUCCAUAGAACGUCAGUUUUUCAUUUUAACAAUGGAUUUCAUCGGUGCAAGAUUUCUGCCGCAUUUCAGUUGAUCUGAAAAGACAUGAAAAAAUGCCAAAAUGCUCUCGUCGAGACACAACCCUGUACCUCUGAAACACGCGUCGAGUAUGCUGGGUACGCGUCGAGAAUUACCCGAGAAAGACAUUCGUAAAGGAGGCAGAUUAUUAAAUAAUAUUUGCUUACGUAUUUUUUUUAAUUUGAAUGUUUCUAUAAUUAACAUAACAGCUGAAUGUUCUUUAAAUGAAUGUUUUAAAAAUUAAAACAUGCCUUUAGAAGUGUAUCCAUCGGAAAAGUCUCAUCUAGGUAUUCCUGGUAUCAAAAUAAAACCUGUAAACAGUCUAGAUGACACAACUGAAUACCCGGAACUACACGCCGUGAUAGGUUCUACGGUUUUCUUGCCUUGUAAUCUCAGCCCUCCUUCCAGUGAUGAUUCCAUAUCUUUAGUGCUAUGGUACAGGCUGGACCUGCCGAAUCCCAUCUAUACAGUUGAUUCGAGGAGUGUGCCUAAUGAAGCUAAGCACUUCUCCAGCCACGUGUUGGGUUCUAGAGCCUAUUUCAAUGCCAGUAAAUGGGGAUCCGCUCAUUUGAAAUUAGAUCCGGUCGAAGAAGACGAUGAAGGAGAGUACAGAUGCAGGAUCGAUUAUAAAAGGGGUAGAACAUUAAACCGUUUGGUCAAACUCAACGUAAUCGUGCCUGUGAAGAAAGUGUUGAUAAAAGGUGAAUCAAAUGUAACUUAUUCAGGUAUUAUAGGACCUUUCACUGAAGGAGAAAAACUCAUUCUCAUAUGUGAGGCAGUAGGAGGUCGCCCCAAACCUUAUGUGAUAUGGAGGAAAGGCCAUAAUAUUCUCCAGGGUAAAAUAAUUAUGGAUGAAGUUGGGAGCGUGAAGAAUGAACUUAUAUUUGAGCGUUUAAGAAGAGAAGAUUUAUUAAGUGUUCUCAUCUGUCAAGCCCACAAUAACAACGCCACAGCGGCCGUUUAUGCUUCUGUGACAAUAGACAUGAACUUGAAGCCAACGAGCGUUCAGAUCACAAUGGCACCUGGUGUCCUGAAAGUUGGUGACAACUUAGAAGUAAACUGUCAGAGUGAAGGCUCCAAACCUCCUGCUGUGAUAUAUUGGACUAAAGGAGCAGAGAAUGUCACACUUUUGGCCAUACAUAAUGUUUAUGGCAGCAUAUCAGUGAGCAGUCUCAGUUUCAUAGUAUCAGCUGAUGAUAAUGCCAGAAAGCUGACAUGCAAAGCUCAAAACCCACAUCUUCCAGACAGUGCCUUAAAAGACAGCCUCAUUCUCAAUGUCCAAUGGAGAAAACUGAUGCAGAAACAGAUAUUGCUGAAGCCGUAACUAACUAAAUAUCAACCUGAAAAUAAACUCUUAAGAAUUUAGUUAAUUUCUAUAUUUUUUUGUGAUCGUAUAAGUGAAAUUAUGUGC